AUGCAAAAGUUUCCAUCUAAUGUGGCUGGCAUGAUUGUUCUGUUUUUUUUACUCAUGUGUGCAAAUACAGUCUCGCCUCGACUGACGGAUAGAUUCGUGCAAUUUCUAGAUCCAUAUUCAUCAUUUGCUUUGCGAAGUAUGAAUAUCAUGUUUGUGCCUGCCUUUGUUGGUAUUGUAAGCAAUCCUCCAGUGAGCGGGCCUGAACUGGGAAGAAUGAUAUGUGUCUUUAUUGUUGGUUAUCUUGUCGCUUUCUUUUUAUGCACUUUUCUAGUACGAUUUUUUCGUUUAAUUUUGUUCUUUCCAUUGCAAAAAACACUCUUGUUUGCGUCAAAUGAAAAGACGAAAAUACAUCAUAAUCAAAGUUUAGCCGAAGAAGAAGUAGCCAUUGAGACCAGUAUGAUACAUCAACAACAAUCCAUCAUUGCUAUUCCUUCUGCAGCUCGUCAUUCAGAUGAUAUAGACAGAGCUUCCUGUUCUCGAACUUUGACUGGCGAGCCUUUGCAAGGCAUUGUACACAACGCAAGCAACGCCAACAGUAUUUUUGAAGACUCAGGUGAACAAAGAUACGGGCCAUUACAUCACUUUGCCAUUUGGUGUAUGGAACAGUCUUGCUUUGAUGAUUUGACGUUUUUCAUCCUCUUUUGUAUCUGUGCCUUCAUCUUUUUACCUCUUCCUUACGAUAGCCCAGCAAUGCCCUUCUUUCGCCUCUUUUUGUAUUUCUUUAUGACCAUUCUAUUAUUUUCUCUUUCUUGUCGAUUGCCUAGCAAAGUUCGGAUGGUUAUUCACCCAAUUAUAUUGACUUCUGCUUGCGUUAUGGCUGGUAUUGCUUAUUUUGAGCGGACCAAAGGUUUUGAUAUAAGACAUGGUGUGUAUUUGUACAAGGCAGGCAUCACAUUUGUCUCACUUGUUGAAAAGACAAAUGUUGGUUGGCCUGGAGGUGGUGAUAUAUUAUCGACUGCUAUGGACGUCUCCAUCAUUUCUCUCGCCUUCAAUGUCUAUAAAAGUAGGCCCAGUUCGCUUCGAGAGUGGGCUGUUAUUUUUAUGUCCAUUGCACCUAUAGCUUUCUUAGUCAUGUUUGUCACACCUUUGUUUGCUCAUGCUAUUGGAUGUAGUCCAGAUAAUAGUCUUGUUUGGUCUUCAAGGUCUGUUACAACUGCCAUUGGUAUUGUGAUAGCCAAAGUGCUAGAUGCUAAUACAAGUAUUGUCACUUGUAUUAUUAUCUUCACUGGCAUUUGCGGUCCUCUUCUAGGUCCUUUCCUAUUCAGAUUGGCGCGUGUGAGUGAUGAUGAUUACAUGACUAUCGGUAUCACUAUGGGUUCUAGUUCUCAUGGUGUAGGUACUGCCUAUCUUAUCAGUAAGAACUCAAGAGCAAGCGGUAUGGCUUCUUUAGCUUUUGCUAUCUUUGGUACUAUUGGCGUUAUUGUCGCUUCUAUUCCAACACUUUCUGAUACACUUCGACAUUUAGCAGGAUUCUAA